CUCAGUUGCUGCAGCUGCUACGCCGGAACAGUUGCGAGUGUUGCUUUGUUUCCCCCCGGUAGGCGAUGUGUGUAACACUCAUCCUCCCCAUUCAGCGCCGCUGCUGGUGACAUCUCUGCACGGGUGUAACGAGUCAAGACCGCGGCACAGACGGAAUCGCGUCCGGUACCGGUGCACAGCGCUGUACAUACUGACCGAGCGGGGCCGGGGGCGCGCACCCUGCCUGUGGGCGCGCCUCCCUGUAGCCGCAGCUUCCUCGUUUCAGACCAAAAUGAACUUGGAACGCCUGAGGAAGAGAGUGCGGCAAUAUAUAGAGCAGCAACAGUACCACAGUGCCUUAUUUUGGGCAGAUAAGGUUGCUUCGUUGUCGCACGAGGAGCCGCAAGAUAUUUAUUGGCUGGCACAAUGUCUGUAUCUGACUGCUCAGUACCACAGAGCUUCACAUGCACUAAGGUCACGGAAAUUGGAUAAAGUGUUUGAGGCAUGUCGUUACCUUGCAGCCAGAUGUCAUUAUGCCGCAAAGGAGUACCAGCAGGCUCUAGAUAUCCUGGAUAUGGAGGAACCGAUUAGCAAGAAAUUGUUUGAAAAGAGUAUUAAGGAUGAGAAAAUCUUAAAGGAUGGUUCUGGAGAAUGGCAAAUGUCACAGUCCUCGAUUAAAAGCUCCAUUUGCCUUUUGCGUGGAAAGAUCUAUGACGCUCUGGAUAACAGAACGCUGGCAACCUAUAGCUACAAAGAGGCUUUGAAGUUUGAUGUUUACUGUUUUGAAGCAUUUGACCUAUUAACAGCGCACCAUAUGCUAACAGCACAAGAAGAGAAAGAACUUCUUGAGUCUCUACCACUCAGUAAGAAAUCUAUGGAAGACCAAGAGCUUCUCCGUUUCCUCUUUGAAAACAAGUUGAAAAAGUACAACAAACCCAGUGAAACGGUGAUACCAGAAUCCGUAGAUGGACUUCAGGAAAACCUGGAUGUAAUAGUUUCUUUAGCAGAAAGACAUUACUACAACUGUGACUUCAAGAUGUGCUAUAAACUUACAUCUGCAGUUAUGGAGAAAGAUCCCUUCCAUGCAAAUUGUUUACCUGUACAUAUAGGAACUCUAGUAGAACUGAACAAAGCCAAUGAACUUUUCUACCUUUCACAUAAACUGGUUGAUUUGUACCCUAAUAAUCCGGUGUCCUGGUUUGCAGUAGGUUGUUACUAUCUCAUGGUGGGGCAUAAAAAUGAACAUGCCAGGAGAUAUCUCAGCAAGGCCACCACAUUAGAGAGAAGCUAUGGUCCUGCUUGGAUUGCGUAUGGACAUUCAUUUGCAGUGGAAAGUGAACAUGACCAGGCAAUGGCUGCUUACUUCACUGCAGCACAGCUGAUGAAAGGAUGCCAUUUACCAAUGUUAUAUAUUGGACUGGAGUAUGGCCUGACCAAUAACUCUAAGUUGGCAGAGAGGUUUUUCAGUCAGGCCUUGAGUAUUGCACCAGAAGAUCCUUUUGUUAUGCAUGAAGUCGGUGUGGUGGCAUUUCAAAACGGAGACUGGAAAACUGCUGAGAAAUGGUUCCUAGAAGCCCUAGAAAAAAUCAGAGCCAUUGGAAACGAGGUUACAGUUGACAAGUGGGAACCUUUACUAAACAACUUAGGUCAUGUACGCCGAAAACUCAAAAAGUAUGAAGAUGCUUUGGAAUACCAUCGACAAGCCCUGGUUCUGAUACCACAAAAUGCUUCCACCUAUUCUGCUAUCGGAUAUGUGCACAGUUUAAUGGGAAAUUUUGAAAGUGCAAUUGAUUAUUUUCAUACGGCUCUUGGUCUAAGGAGAGACGAUACAUUUUCUGUUACAAUGCUUGGACACUGCAUAGAAAUGUAUAUUGGAGAUUCUGAAGCGUACAUUGGGACCGAGAUAAAGGACAAGCUAAGAUGUUACGACUUUGAUGUGCACACUAUGAAAACCUUGAAGAACAUUAUAUCGCCUCCCUGGGAGAGGGAGUUUGAGUUACAGCGGCAGUCCCUUGAUGAAAGUGGCAUUAUAACCUUAGAGACUUCUCAUCUUGUACCUAAAUCCUCUGAUGCCAGGUCCCCGGUUGAGGAAGCUCUUGAAAUUGAGAUGAAUGAAAGUGAUAUGAUGCUGGAGACUUCAAUGUCAGACCAUAGCACAUGAGUAGACCGCCACGGAGCUUGCCUUAUGCUAUCUGGGACUCCUUUUUACACCAUUAAAUCUAGAUAUUUUAUAGUGAACAGACACACAACUUCUUGCCUAAACUGGGAAUUACCCCCCACUAGCGGUAUGCUGAUGAGCAAUGGAUUGCUGUAAUAAAUUGAAACGUGUAUUACACUAAAGAGGUUUUACAUUUUUACUGUUAACCAUUGUAAAUUGUAUACAGCCUAUUAUGUUUUUUAAACAUUGUACUGUGGACAUUAUGAUCACAAGAAAGUGCUGCACAUUUACAGUAUUCACAUGUAAAACAGGAAUUACUUGUGAAUAAAAAUAUUUUAGUGCAUUUAGUUGAAAAGAGUGUUCUAUGUCCACAGGCCACUCCAUGUGAUAAUGUGAAAUUGCGUUUUUCAAACAUACAGUACAUGCAUCACAUUUUGUCAUUGUCUGUAAUAAAGACUGAAAAGGGCAAAAUGUGGAGGGGGGUUGCUGUUGUUUUUUUUUUAAUACUUAUUAAAAGUAUAACUUCAGUUAGGUCA